UUUUGCCAGUUGACCGUGUGGAUAUUCUUCAUUGGUUAUAGUAAUGUAGAUGUGCUCAUUACUUCAGUGUAUGGUUGCCUUACUCACCGUCAAGACAACGUUUAGGGCCGCAAUGUAAGUUGCCAAUAUGGCAACGGUCCUCACGCGGUGUUUGUACAUCUUGAUUUUGUUGUGUCAUUUAAGGGUACCUCAUGUCACCGUGGAUAACGCGUUACUGGACCUGAAACCAUUCUCCGGACCGGAACAUACAGUGUUGCAGGAUUGGGGGACAGGAAAUGUUUCGGAAUACGCAUUCGCGGUUGAGGACCGAGACGCCGAACCCCUGCCAUCUUUCCCCCCUCAAACUCUGGAACCACGCCGAAUUUCCGAGGACGCGGGUCUGAAUAGAGACUUCAGUUUUGACGCAGAUCGACCACCGGCAGGUAAACGCCCCUCCCCGUUCCACAGAGCUCUCCUACUGGUUCGGAAGCAUUUGGAGACACUCCCUGACACGAUCAUUGGCAGCCUGCCAGAGGCAUGGAAACUAGGCCCCGCCCCCUUCAAAGUGCCCCUGGGAGCUGUAGUCUUCACCACCGCCAUAGAGAUCCUCCUGUUUCUAGUGUUCACCUGGAGAACCGUCCGCACUAAGACACCCGACCAGGAAGUGGAGAAUGAGAGACGCCACUACGUGAGGAAACUUCUGGCAGAGGAGAGAAAGAUCCAGAAGCUGCAGGAGCGGGUGGAGGCUCUGGAGCGCGACGGGGCUGCUCUGGAGGGGCAGAGGCUCCAGCUGAAGGCCCAGGUCGAGGCCGGGGAGCAGAGGCUGCAGGUGCUGGACCAGCUCUGCCGGGAGAAGGACUCCAGCCUGCAGCAGAAGCUUAUCCAGGAGCAGGUCGAUCGGCAGGAAAUGGACACGGUCCUGAACACCUACAAACUGCGCAUCCAGGAGAUCAGACAGGAGAAGCAGAGGAGUGAGCACUGCUACAGGGGCCAGAUUGACUACGUUCAGAGGAGAGCAUAUGAGAACUCGAUGAAGGUGUGUGCUUUAGAGCAGGCUCUGGAGCAGGAGAGGAGCGAGGCCGAGAGACUGCGCCAGCUGCUUGCGAUCAGUGUGAGACUGGCCCAAUUCCAGCUCUCCAUGGACACCUCUACCGGCUCGGACCACCUGAGCCUCAUACCUGAGACAGGGGAAACAGAUGUUUCUAUGGUCCAUUCUCAGCCUUCUCCAACAGACAGUCUGUUUCCUGACCUGGCCACGCCCCUCAGACCUACUGCAGUAAACACAUCCCUGAUUGGACAGACUCGUGCCCUGGCCACGCCUGCAAACAGAUCCCUCCCAACCAACCUGGGACUGCACAUCUGAGUACCCAGCACUCAAUGAAUAUGUGCUUACCU